AUGAUUAAGUGCGGAAAUGGUGGUAGACGAAAGUCGGCUUCUGCACUUAGAGGAGAGGAGGAUGAAGAGGUGAUGGUGGAGAUCCGUGAUCGUGGCAGGGAGGAAGAUUACAAGGUGGUGAUGGUGAUGACUGUAAUGGCCUUGGAGGCUGAGAUGCAGGGUAGGUGGCGCCGCUGUGAGCAGAUCUGUGGUGUGGGUCAGGACCUGGUCAACCAAGGUCACCCGUCAAGGUCAGAGAUCGGGUCAAGGAUCAAGUCGCUGAUGGACAAGUGGAAUCAGCUACAGGACGCUGCUGCCUCCAGGAAGACUAGGCUAGAGGAUGCUAUAGAGGCUCAGCAGUACUACGCUGAUGCUAACGAGGCAGAGUCCUGGAUGAAGGAGAAGAUGCCUCUAGUGUGCAGUGACGACUACGGCAAGGAUGAGGCUAGUGCCCAGGCCCUCGCCUCCCGCCACAACCGCCUCGACCAGGACAUCCGAGCCUUCAAUGUGGAGAUCAAACGUCUGGAGGAACUGGCCGUGCUCAUGACCAAGGCAGCCAGCGAACAUAAUAUUUCCCCGGCAAAGUUCAUGCCGGUUGAGAAUGGAGAGCAAGAGAACGGAGAAGAGGAAGAGGAAGAGGAGGUAGUAGAGGUGCCUCGCCAGGUGGAGGUGGAGGAGGUCGUGGAGAGAGAGAUGCUGCAGGAUGUGGUGGAGACAAGGAAGAUCCCACAGGUCAAGGCCAUGUACCCGUACAAAGGUCAAGGCAUGAAGGUCGACAAGGGGGAG